AUGUCAUAUUUGAACAAUCCGGCCAUUGUUAUGGACAAUGGUACCGGUCUAACCAAGCUAGGUUUUGCCGGAAACGAUUCCCCCUCUUGGGUGUUUCCCACAGCCAUAGCAACGGCACAGCGAUCCAACACAAAGGCUACAGGUGCCUCUUCUGGCUCCAGUUCAAUACAGAAUAGCGGAACGCCCUACUUCGGAAACUCAACUUCCGCCACGUCAUUUAAUAGCCUCGCAGCAUCAGCGCUCAUGUCUAAUAACUUAGCAGGCAAGCGUGGAACUGAAGAUUUGGAUUUUUAUAUUGGUAAUGAGGCCCUUUCAGCAUCUCAAGGGCCUUCUUAUUCCCUCAGCUAUCCCAUUCGCCAUGGUCAAGUGGAAAACUGGGAUCACAUGGAAAGAUUCUGGGAGAACUCUAUCUUUAAGUACCUAAGGACCGAACCGGAAGACCAUUUUUUCCUUCUUACGGAACCCCCAUUGAACCCUCCAGAAAAUAGGGAGCAAGUGGCGGAGAUUUUCUUCGAGAGUUUUAAUUGCGCCGGUCUUUACAUCGCUGUUCAGGCGGUUUUGGCCCUGGCUGCCUCGUGGACUUCUUCCAAAGUAGUCGACAGGUCUCUCACUGGUACAGUCAUUGAUUCUGGUGAUGGUGUAACACACGUUAUUCCUGUUGCUGAAGGCUACGUGAUUGGUUCAGCAAUCAAAAACAUACCUAUUGCAGGAAGAGACAUCACUUUGUUUAUUCAAUCAUUGUUGAGAGAGCGUGGUGAGGAGGACACCUCUCUAAGGACUGCUGAGCGUUUGAAACAAGAAUAUUGUUAUGUUUGCUCUGACAUUGUGAAAGAGUUUAACAAGUUUGAUAGAGACCCUCAAAAAUUUGCACAGUUCAUCGUGGAAAAUACAGAAAAGACCAAGCGCAAAGUAAUAGACGUUGGUUAUGAAAGGUUCUUGGCGCCCGAGAUUUUUUUCAAUCCAGAAAUUGCAUCCUCCGAUUUUCUGACUCCACUCCCAACAGUGGUUGAUCAAACAAUUCAGGCUUGCCCAAUCGAUGUUCGUAAGGGCCUUUAUAACAAUAUCGUACUAUCUGGUGGCUCCACUAUGUUUAAAGACUUUGGACGUCGUCUACAGAGAGACUUGAAGGGCAUUGUCAACCAGAGAAUAGCAUUGAGUGAAAGUUUAAGUGGUACUAGGUCUACCGGCGUAGAUGUUCAAGUCAUUUCUCACAGAAGGCAGAGAAAUGCCGUAUGGUUUGGAGGAUCUUUAUUGGCUCAAACUGCCGAGUUUAAGAGUUACUGUCACACCAAGCAGGACUAUGAAGAAAUUGGACCAGAAAUUGUUAGGAAUUUCAGUCUGUUCAACAUGGUAUAA